AUGCUAGCAAAUUACGAACUAAUUACGUACAAAUAUAAUUUUUAUUUUAAUAGAAAUAAAAUUGUUAAGUUCACGUUAACGGUGCCGUGUGCGCGGCGCGGUCGCGCAGUGCAGUUCAUUGGCACAUGUCGCGGACGAGCGCCCGCGGCGGCGCGGCGUCAUCCCGGCGCUGCUGCUGCUCUACUCCUUGCUCUCCUGCCUCCACCUCUCUCUCCCCCACACCUGUACAAGGAGCAUGCUGUGGCCUACGAGCCAGCUUCUUGUCAUGCA